AUGUCCGAAAAACACAAAGACGAAUUCAAACCAAAAGCCGACAACGAUAUUCCUAAACCUCAAUCGACAAAUAUGGCAAAGCAAGACGCGAACAAAAAUGAAAAUAAAAAAGAAGAUGAACCUAGUCUCGACGAAAUUGAAGAAGAACUGGAUGAACUUCGUCCAAAACCACCAACACCAGAAGCAAAACGUCGAAUUGAAGAAGCAGAAAAAGAACACGAUCGACAAGUGCACGAACAACAUAAUCAUAAAGAAUCUUCAACAUCACUCAAAGUGAAAAGAAGUGAUGAAGGUGAAGGUCAUCAUAACGAUAAUGAAAUCACACCUGGAGAAGAUGAUCCAACUGUUAAUGAUAAUGUCAAAUUUCCGGUACUAAAUGAUCACGGUGAUAUUGAAUAUAAAUCGCAACAAGGCAGCGUCUUUAAAAGACAUAAAAAUGAUAAUUCGACACAUGAAACUGAAUCAACUGAAGAGAACAAGAAACCAGCUGAAAACAACGACAAAACACCUGAAGAGAAUAAGAAACCAGUUGAACAAACUGAGAAAUCAACUGAAGGCAAUAAGAAACCAGCUGAAAACAACGAGAAAGCAACUGAAGAAUAA